AUGUUCCAAAUAGCACGUGCGCCUUUAUUUAGAUUACAUAAGACACAAAGCAUCCGGCUUUUGUUGUCCUGCAAUGGGUUUUCGUCCGAUUCAAACGCACCGGGAGAUGGUAGCGAUAAACCAAAGUCACCAGCUCCGGUACGCCGAACCGAAAAGAGUAAAGAUGAAGGAAAAAAAUCAUCUGCUGCCCUUAACCGGCUGAACGAACUGCUCGCCAUGAUGAACACCGAGAGUGAGUUGAAGCUCGUCAAGAAGGUAGAUCUGCCGCGCCCAAAAUCGAAGAAAUCGAAGGAGAAAAAAGCCGACUCGGACUCGGACUCUGACGAUGAGGAGCGUCCCAAAGAUCUCGCACAGGCAACGCGCAACGUAGCCACCGCUCUUGGAGGUGAUGCCAAGCGCACAGAAUCGGAACUGCUUUCAAAGCUGCUUGGGACGACCUCAGCAUCCGCCCCUGGCGAGAGCAAUCUUACGGACAUCAUUACGGGCAUGAUCGUUGAUAAAAACAAAAAGAUGCAACACACUGAAAGUGAUCCGACGCGAAGCACCUUGGUGAAGAAAUCGAUCGAUUCAAAGCGAGCAAAGCAAUAUCGUCCCACGGAUGAUGGGGAACAGUCACGCAGUGCUGCCUCACCAAAAGAACGGUACGAACGUAAGCGUCCCAGCCCGAAACAACCCCCACAAGCGCCCGGCGGACCGGGAAGUGUGAAACUGUUCGAGGAGGAACCGUUGGGUAUUUUCACGGACCUUGCUUCGCUGAACGAAAGUCCGGACAAGCUCCGUACCUGGGAAAAGCUUAGCGAACGAGAGCUACGGUUAGCCGUGACGCAUCCACCAUCAAAUUACUUCCAAAAGAUGGCACUCUGGACCGAACAGGGAAAACUAUGGAAGUUCCCUAUUAACAACGAGCAGGACCGGGAGGAGGAGGCGAAGGUUGCAUUUACCGAGCACGUCUUCCUGGAGGAACAUCUGGAACCGUGGUGCCCGAAGAAGGGUCCGAUUCGACACUUUAUGGAGCUGGUGUGUGUUGGGCUGUCGAAAAAUCAUUACAUCACGGCACAGGAAAAGCGUGACCACAUCUGCUGGUUCCGGGAUUAUUUCGAGCAGAAGAAGGAAAUACUGAAGGACAUUAUCGUAACGGAGAGUGGUGGUAAAACGAAGGAGAUUGAACAAUAA